GGGCACAUUUUGGGAGGAGAAUGGUACAGGGGGAUGGAAAGUUCUUUGCAGUCUGAUUUUUUUUUUUUGUAACAGGGCGGAAAGUUUUCUCCAGGCUGUGAGAGAGAAUUAGGCACGCUUUCCCCUCCCUGGAGCUGCUGAACUUGCUAUACUGCUGGCUGGUCGCUGGAAGUGAAGACGCACAACACGAUGGCGAGACUCCCUGUUCUAUUCUGUUUGCUGUUCCUCAUCGCAGGGAUCAGAGGUCAGGAUGAGUUUGAUUUGGGCGAUGCUCUAGGUGAUGUUGAUCCCACAGUUGCACCUACUCCAGAAAAAAAAAACGACCCAACAGUUAAACCUGGUGAUGUUCCCAAGCCAGCAACCUUGGCACCUAAAGCGGAUCCCAAGCCAGCAACCUCCGCACCAAAACCAGCACCGAAACCAGCUCCAAAGCCACAUGAUGAUGAUGGUUUUGACUUGGGCGAUGCUGUUGGUGGAGAUGAACCAACAACUCAGAAACCUAAGCCAGGUGGUGGAGGAGGAGGAGGAGGAGGAGGCGGCGGCAGCUUCAAUGAUGAUGAACUGGUUGAUGGUUUACCUCCUCAUGAUCCCAGUGGACAUGAUGGAAAACCAAGUGGCCGUGCGAUGCAGCCAUCAUCUGGUGGACAAGAAGCGGAUCAAGGAGAAGGAAAACAGAGUAUGAUAGCCGGUGUUGUAAGUGCUCUGGGCGUGGCUGCUGUUGGGGCAGUAUCCAGUUUCAUCGCUUACCAGAAGAAAAAGCUUUGCUUUAAAGGCCAAGCAGAAGAUCCAGAAAAUGUAAACAUGGACAAUCAAAAAGAUCAGAAUGACCCACAAGUGCAAACCAACCUACUUUCAAAGUAGAUGUCGGAAUUGAAGAUGGUCAUCACAUCCCAGAGAAAAAGAAUUCUAGAAGAAA